UGAUCUAGACCUACACAGCUAGUCCUAGUGAGCUACAGUCCUACACAGCUACAGUCCUAUAGAUAUAGUCCUACACAGCUAGUCCUAGUAAGCUACAGUCCUACACAGCUACAGUCCUACACAGCUACAGUCCUAUAGAUCUAGUCCUACACAGCUACAAUUCUCUAGAACUGCAGUCUGAUGCACUUCAGCACGAAUUCCAAGUGGAUAUUAAAUUUGACGAUGCAUCCUGGAUAUGGCUGAGACGAAACGUCAGACCUUUCUGUCUCCGUCUGUACGACGCAUGGUGUGUGAGCUGGGAUUUGAGGACGUGCGGAGGUUCACCACUGAAGAUGUGAUCACCUCGCUUGGACUUGUCAGCUGGGAUGCUCUUCAAUCUCAUGUCAAAUACCAUCCAGACGGUGAAGAUGUGGACUUUGUGGAAAGCGUCCGGGGUCUGGGCCCACUGUGGCGGGCAGCGCACCGCUACCUGACGUCUCUCACGUGGCCCCAGUUUGGCAGCGUCUAUCAUGAAUGGCUCAAAUGGACCAAUUGCCCACAGGAAUUUGUGAAUUGCUUUCAACUCCUCGAUGGUCUGGAAAUCACGGGAACUAAUUUAUGUCUGUUGAAGGUGACUGCUUUCUUGGAGAGAGCACUUGGAGACGCCUUCCUGUUGGUCGGUAAAGAGUGCCCUUUUUUGCUUCGUGACUUGCUGGCCUCAAGCGAACUGGCUUCCAUCUUUGGCAAGAACAAAAUGGACGUUUUGCGAGUGCUGCUGGGCUCUCCACAAAGCCUGAACCUCCGGAAUGUUCUGUGGCAUGGAUUUGCUGCCCCAGGAGAAGUGGCCCCUAUGUACGGGUCAGCUCUCCUCUUGAUUGCAGCGAGUCUGGGAUUUUGCCUGGGAGAGUUUCUUAGCCGGCAGAGGGCCUUGACGCUGACUCACCGGCCUUUCUUCACGCUGCCACACCUGAGCGAGAUGCUUGUUUUCCCAGACGUUGGCGAGGAGGAGUUGUGUGUGAUGGAGAAGCUCAUCGGCAGCUCCACAUUCGUACCCGAGCCGAUGGAACCUCAGUGGAGAGCAGCUGUUCAGGCCUACAGGCAUCACAGGUUCUUUGACUGCGUGGUGCUGCUGCUGCCUCAGCUAGAGAUGGGGCUGAGGGCAACAUUCGCGCGUGUGAAUUCCUGCCCCGAGAGGCUUCUCACAGCAGAGAGCACGGUCUUGUACACAACGUUUGACGAGAUACUGGAGAAUACGUUUAACGGGAGCAACAAUCUUUUACCAGAAGAGCUGGGAAAUCCACUCAUGGACAUUCUCUUGGAUCUGCUGAGUUACCAGGAAGGGCCCCGGCUGCGUGACCACCUCAGCCAUGGGGAGGUUCCCGUGCCCACAGUCCCCAUGGCUGUGGCUGCUCACAUCCUGUCGGUCGCUCUGGUUCUGAUGUGCAGGUGCUGUACACGAGGGCACGACAGGCUGCAGGAAAAUGGAUACAUAAAAACGCUCUUGAGCGUUACGGACACAUACCGUUCUGUUUUCCAUCCUGUUGGGAGACUCGCACAACAGAUAUUCGAGUGUGUGUCUUCGUUGAGAAUGUGGAAAGACAUUCAUGGACCGAGUGAGGAAAAUUUGGAUUCAGAGUGGAGCAAUUUUCCAGAAGUUUUGUGCGCUGAAGGAGAAGAUUCCACGCGGAGUUGUGUGAUGAAUAUGUUAACGUCAGCUCAGGAGUCUGUGCCCUGCUUAGUAACGACGGAGGCGAGCGACUCCUGGCUACGUGACUGCGGCGAUAACGAGCGGACGAGUUCAGGAGAUGAGCGACGUCGCGCUGCCACCCAUCAGGGACGGGGCGGCUCAAAGAAGCACAGAGCGGAGGAGUGCCCCGCUGCUCCAGAGGAGCAGCAGCAGAAGCGUCCCUCCGCUCAAAGACGCUUAUUAGUCAACCAUGGGCAGUGGCUUGUCCAGCCAGAGGAAGGCCACCGUCUCCUUGCCAGCGUGCAGCAGCACGCCCAGCUCCUCAGCUUCCCUGUUCCGCCGACUCGGCAGCAGCCGCGAGUGGCGCUGGAAGCGGUGGCGUUGCUGCGGAGCGUGGCGCGCCACUGCCUCGCGGCCUCCGCACACACGGUGGACGGAGCCGCCUCACGGCACGACCAGUGGCUCAGGAAAGAGCUGCGCUCCCGGCAGAGAACCAACUACGUGCGCAUGCUGAAGAGUGUCCCCAGCCUGUCGCGUGCCCUGUGGACGGUAACCGCCACUGUGGAGUGGCAGCUUCACCGCCUGCCUCGCCUGUCUACCUGCCACCCACGAACCUCACAGAAGCACAUCAGGUUAUUAAAAGGGGUUCUUCAAUGCAUGGAGAACCUGGUGAGCUAUACCAGCCCCAGCAAGAACAAGUGGGCAGAAACCGCAGAACUUCUCGACAAGCUGUACACUGCUGUGCACCGGUUGCUGCAUCACCUCCCAAGCCAGCACGAAGCCGGUGGUGUUAGUGCUCCACAGUGAGGGCACCACGGCGACUUGGUGUGCAUCGCUUGGUUCUUAAUCCGCCCAUGGAAAUGGUUGUACACGUCGUUCGUAGGCAUGAAAUAACCCAAUGUCCUGAUCCUUUGAGUUUUAAUUCACUGUUAUUUGGGGUUGUGAUCUUAAUCAAGAAUCUAUUGUCUGAUUUUGUAGUCAUGUUGGUUCCAUAGUGACCUCUUUUCAAAAACCGACUGCAUUCCACAAUAUGGAGGGACCUUUUUCUAAGUUAAUCUUUAAUGUACUCAAAAAAUGUUCAUCAUGCUCAUCUCCUUGUUUGUACCAGAUUUAAAUCUUCAUAACCAAAUACAUCCUACACAAAUCUCAAAUUAUAUGCCAAUAAUCAACACGAGAUUCAGAUGCUCUUUUGUUCAUACUUAACAAACCUGGAAUAAGCUCUUCUAAAUUUAGCAAUGUCCUCUCAGUUGGUUUUCUACAAUAAACUAGAUUUGAUGCGAGUAUAAUUUUAAUGUAAAGCUUGAUUGGCGUUUUAGUCUUCAUAUUACAGAUUCGUGUUAAUAUCUUGCACGGUAAAAUGCUUAACUAGUAUUGUGUAUAAUUUAAGGAUGUGGAUAUUUAGUUUUUAUAGUUUGCUCCUUAGUUGUUUUUGUAGUAGUUUUGUAUCAUCACAUUUUGCACCUUUGUUAAAACUGUUUUGAUGUCGCCACCCACUGGGCAUCUUUUGAACAUCAGCGACUUCCCUGGAGGUCUCGGAAUGUGCAGUUUUUGGGGUGGGGUGCACAGCACGGGGCCCCUCCACUUCCUCUCCCCGAGACAGCUGCCCCACAUCGUGCCUCACGAGCAACAAAGCCAUUAGGAGACACUCCCUCUCCAAGAACACUUUUUUGGAGAAGCGGAGAGGUUGGAAUCACACGAUUUUUGUUUAGGUGUCAAUGCCCCCAGAAGUGCGAAAGAAAACCGGGGUGGUCCAGAGAAACCAACGCAUACAAGGGGUAUAUAUUAAAAUGUGCCACAGACGGAUUCAUGAACCCGUUGCUGUAAGCCACAAUUUCUGGUCACCUUGCUGGCCCAGUUGAUUGAGACACUACACAAACACGAUACACCAUUUAAACCAAAGUGUGCACCAACAUGUGGCUCUGCUGAUGACACAAGUUUGAAGAAAAUGUGAUCACGUUGAAUUUAGAUUUCACGCUAUACAUCGUUCCCACUUGAAAGAAAUUAGGUGAAAGUAUUCUCUAUAAUGCAACCAUAUGGGUUCCAAUUGGGGAUCACCUCUUUUGCAUCAGAUGCUUGUUUCCGUGGCCAUUCAGGUGCCCUGCAAUGACAGGUCACUCAUAUUGUGCAUGCCAUUUUAUAGUUUGUGUAUUGGGAAUUUAUACAAAGAUUCUUGAAAAAAUAUCAGUGUUUAAUGUCCGCUUUCCCAGAGACGUCAUAAUUUGGCAAUCCACAAAAAAUAUAACAGGCAUCAAAUUCCACAACACAAUGGGUUUCCAAAUGUGUGAAUACAUUAAGUUAACAUACUUCCCAAAA